AUGGCCAAUCACUUCGCGAGAAAGGGGGUUUCCGCCAGUCAGGCACGGUGUUUGGUGGCUGCUUGGACUGAACACUUGGGGGCCUUGUUGAUGAAGACAGACUGUUCUGUUGAUGAUUUUGCUCUAGUGGCAAGUGAACCACGAGACUUCAAACCUCAGGGUUCUCACAGGUCAGACAUCACAGUCAGACAUCACAGUCAAACAUCACAGUCAGACAUCACAGUCAGACAUCACAGUCAAACAUCACAGUCAGACAUCACAGUCACACAUCACAGUCAGACAUCACAGUCAGACAUCACAGUCACACAUCACAGUCAGACAUCACAGUCACACAUCACAGUCAAACAUCACAGUCAGACAUCACAGUCAAACAUCACAGUCAGACAUCACAGUCACACAUCACAGUCAAACAUCACAGUCAAACAUCACAGUCAGACAUCACAGUCACACAUCACAGUCAAACAUCACAGUCAGACAUCACAGUCACACAUCACAGUCAAACAUCACAGUCAAACAUCACAGUCAGACAUCACAGUCACACAUCACAGUCAAACAUCACAGUCAAACAUCACAGUCAGACAUCACAGUCACACAUCACAGUCAAACAUCACAGUCAGACAUCACAGUCAAACAUCACAGUCACACAUCACAGUCAGACAUCACAGUCACACAUCACAGUCAGACAUCACAGUCACACAUCACAGUCAAACAUCACAGUCAGACAUCACAGUCAAACAUCACAGUCACACAUCACAGUCAGACAUCACAGUCACACAUCACAGUCAGACAUCACAGUCACACAUCACAGUCAAACAUCACAGUCAAACAUCACAGUCAAACAUCACAGUCAGACAUCACAGUCAGACAUCACAGUCAAACAUCACAGUCAGACAUCACAGUCAAACAUCACAGUCAAACAUCACAGUCAGACAUCACAGUCAGACAUCACAGUCAAACAUUACAGUCAGACAUCACAGUCAGACAUCACAGUCAGACAUCACAGUCAAACAUCACAGUCAGACAUCACAGUCAGACAUCACAGUCAAACAUCACAGUCAGACAUCACAGUCAGACAUCACAGUCAGACAUCACAGUCAAACAUCACAGUCAGACAUCACAGUCAAACAUCACAGUCAGACAUCACAGUCAGACAUCACAGUCAGACAUCACAGUCAGACAUCACAGUCACACAUCACAGUCACACAUCACAGUCAGACAUCACAGUCACACAUCACAGUCAGACAUCACAGUCAGACAUCACAGUCAAACAUCACAGUCAAACAUCACAGUCAGACAUCACAGUCACACAUCACAGUCAGACAUCACAGUCAGACAUCACAGUCAGACAUCACAGUCAGACAUCACAGUCAGACAUCACAGUCAGACAUCACAGUCAGACAUCACAGUCAGACAUCACAGUCACACAUCACAGUCAAACAUCACAGUCAGACAUCACAGUCAGACAUCACAGUCAAACAUCACAGUCACACAUCACAGUCAAACAUCACAGUCAGACAUCACAGUCAAACAUCACAGUCAAACAUCACAGUCAGACAUCACAGUCAAACAUCACAGUCAAACAUCACAGUCAGACAUCACAGUCAAACAUCACAGUCAGACAUCACAGUCAAACAUCACAGUCAGACAUCACAGUCAGACAUCACAGUCAAACAUCACAGUCAAACAUCACAGUCAGACAUCACAGUCAAACAUCACAGUCAAACAUCACAGUCAGACAUCACAGUCAAACAUCACAGUCAGACAUCACAGUCAGACAUCACAGUCAGACAUCACAGUCAAACAUCACAGUCAAACAUCACAGUCAGACAUCACAGUCAGACAUCACAGCCAAACAUCACAGUCAGACAUCACAGUCAGACAUCACAGUCAGACAUCACAGUCAGACAUCACAGUCAAACAUCACAGUCAAACAUCACAGUCAGACAUCACAGUCAGACAUCACAGCCAAACAUCACAGUCAAACAUCACAGUCAGACAUCACAGUCAGACAUCACAGUCAAACAUCACAGUCAAACAUCACAGUCAAACAUCACAGUCAAACAUCACAGUCAGACAUCACAGUCAAACAUCACAGUCAGACAUCACAGUCAGACAUCACAGCCAAAUAUCACAGUCAGACAUCACAGUCAGACAUCACAGUCAAACAUCACAGUCAGACAUCACAGUCAGACAUCACAGUCAGACAUCACAGUCACACAUCACAGUCAGACAUCACAGUCAGACAUCACAGUCAAACAUGAGAGUCAGACAUCACAGUCAGACAUCACAGUCAGACAUCACAGUCAGACAUCACAGUCAGACAUCACAGUCAGACAUCACAGUCAGACAUCACAGUCAAACAUCACAGUCAGACAUCACAGUCAAACAUCACAGUCAGACAUCACAGUCAAACAUCACAGUCAAACAUCACAGUCAGACAUCACAGUCAAACAUCACAGUCAAACAUCACAGUCAGACAUGACAGUCAAAAAUCACAGUCAAACAUCACAGUCAAACAUUACAGUCAGACAUGACAGUCAAAAAUCACAGUCAAACAUCACAGUCAAACAUCACAGUCAAACAUCACAGUCAAACAUCACAGUCAAACAUCACAGUCAAACAUCACAGUCAGACAUCACAGUCAGACAUCACAGUCAAACAUUACAGUCAGACAUGACAGUCAAAAAUCACAGUCAAACAUCACAGCCAAACAUCACAGUCAGACAUCACAGCCAAACAUCACAGUCAGACAUCACAGUCACACAUCACAGUCAGACAUCACAGUCAGACAUCACAGUCAAACAUCACAGUCAGACAUCACAGCCAAACAUCACAGUCACACAUCACAGCCAAACAUCACAGUCAGACAUCACAGCCAAACAUCACAGUCAGACAUCACAGUCAAACAUCACAGUCAAACAUCACAGCCAAACAUCACAGUCAGACAUCACAGCCAAACAUCACAGUCACACAUCACAGUCAGACAUCACAGUCAGACAUCACAGCCAGACAUCACAGUCAAACAUCACAGUCAGACAUCACAGUCAAACAUCACAGUCAAACGCAACUUUAAAACUGUCUAAAACUGCUAUAGGUUCCUCCACACACCUCUAA